AUGAUUUCAGAGACAAUCUAUCUCACACAGAACCCUAUCGGGAAUGCUGUCGCUGCCUCUGCGGUGACAACGUUAUGCAUAUGGAUUUUUGCCAAAUUCCUACAAAAAUGGAAUGUAUUCAAGUCGAAGCCUUUGAAGAAAUCAACAAGGAAAUAUGGAGGUAGAGUCUCCUCUCUAGUUUCACAAACAUACGAUAGGGUGCUAAGCAUCGCUCUGGAUGUAGAAUGGACACCGUCCAACUUCAAGAGACCAACCGCAUCUCCCUACCCCAACUGGGACGUCCACACCACGAAGCCAAUUCCGUACCGACCAUUUAGAUACGGACCCAACUACUUCAUUACCAUGGGCCUGCGAAGCAUGAAAUGGGACGAGUGGAUCGAGCUGGACAACCACUACUUCCGCUACCACAGAGACAAAUCCCGUCGGCUCAAAGAACGUGGAGACAAAUGCUGCGCAACCGCCCCCGAAGCAUGGGACGCCGCUGUCGAACUUCUUGAAGAACUGUAUAACACCCCUGCCUCCAUCGAUCCCUUCAAUACUUCCUACCUUCCCGAGCGCUACCCAAGCAUGUUCCGCAAAACUCCAACUGGGCUCACCAACCUUCUCACAAAUGAAACCUUCGAUAUCACACAGCGCCCACUCCCCGAAGACCCCAUGGCUAUGUGCGCUCGCCUAAUCCAGGACGACCUCGCUCUCAUGAUUGAAAAGCCUGACGGCGAAUACUACCUCCUAGCCGGUGCGAUCCUCCUCGCCGGCUUCUGGCGCCUCUCCGACAAAUAUGGCAUGCGACUGUCUGAAAUCCACACAUCCGGCGACGUCCCAGGCUACAAAGAGAAAUUAGAAAGGGGGAUGAUGAACUUCUUCCGACGCCUGAAGGUUGAGGACCCUGUCGUGCGCAAUAACUACUUCAUCCAGGUCGACGACAAUCUAGCCUGGAGUCACAGUAUUGGGUCGGAAGAUGCGGACGUGGUAUCUUGGAACACGGCGCAGAAAGAUAAGGCCAUUGAACACCACUACUUCCGGUCCGAGAGACAGUCUCUGCGGCGGUUACCGAGGACAGGCGCAGUGGUGUUCACCAUCAGGACGUAUUUCGAGCCGAUCACAAAGAUUGUCGAGGAGCCAUAUGUUGCGGGAAGGCUCGCAAGUGCGAUUCGGAGUUGGGGCGAUGAUGUGGCGAAGUAUAAGGGGAGAGAAAAGUAUGGGGAUGUUCUGCUGGAGUUCUUGGAUCGAAAACAUGCGGAACAAGUUGCGGCUGGAUUGGAUCUCGAGAGGGAGGACAAGGUGAGGAGUUAUCCUUUUUAG